AGCUGACACUCUCCAUGUCACAGAAAAAGAAAAUUAAGCAAAAGAUGAAUAUGAAAACUCUACUUUCCAAAACUUCCCAGUGACCCGAAAUAUAAGAUAUAUAAACAACUAAGAUUUACUUUGGAGAUCUCAAAUGCUCAUUAAAUGACUAUAAUGGACACUGUGGCCAUGAUGGUAUUUUCUAAUCAUCGGUGCAAGCGAUAUCCUCAGGAUACCUUCAAUGUUUCCACUUACAAGAAUACCUGCAGGAAGAACUCUUGCUUACACCAAACUAAGGCAGAAAAGAAACAGUAUGGUGGUAUAAUAAGGCUCUAAGACUAUGGCAACUCUGAUAAAGAAAAACAUAAAAUUGGGGCUGGCUUAUAGUUCAGAGGUUUAGUCCAUUAUCUUCAUAGUGGGAAGCAUGGAGGCAGACAUGGUGCUGGAGAGGUAGCUGAGAGUUCUACAUCUAGAUUGACAGGCAGCAGGAAGAGAGACUGACAGUGGGCCUGGUUUGAGCAUCUGAAACCUCAAAACCCACUCCCGGUUGCUGUGGGAUGUUCUGUAUGGCAAACGUGUUGCUCUGAUUGGUUAGUAAAUAAAACACUGAUUGGUCAGUAGUCAGGCAGGAGGAAGUAUAGGUGGGACAAGGAAGAGAAGAAUUCUGGGAAGUGGAAGGCUGAGUGAGAGACACUGCCAGCCACCGCCCUGACAAGCAGCAUGUGAAGAUGCCCAUAAGCCACGAGCCACGUGGCAAGGUAUAGAUUUAUAGAAAUGGAUUAAUUUAAGUUAUAAGAACAGUUAGCAAGAAGUCUGCCACAGCCAUACAGUUUGUAAGCAAUAUAAGUCUGUGUUUACUUGGUUGGGUCUGAGUGGCUGUGGGACUGGUGGGUGACAGAGAUUUGUCCUGACUGUGGGUUAGGCAGGAAAACUCUAGUUACACCCAGUGACAUACUUCCUCUAACAUAUACCUCCUAACAGUGCCACUCCCUAUGGGCCUAUGGGGACCAUUUUUAUUCAAACCACCACAGGUGUUUUGCCUGUGUAUGUGUCUGUGCAUCACGUGUGUGCCUGGUGCCUAUGGAGGCCAGAAGACGGUGUUGGGAUCCCCUGGAACUGUAGUUACAGACAGUUGUCAACUGCCAUGUGGGUGCUGGGAAUUGAGCCCAGAUCCCCUGGAAGAGCAGCCUGCUCUCUUAACUGCUGAGUCAUCAAGACCACUUUAAAAUGACUGUCUUAUAGUAACCAAAACGUAUAAUUAUUAAUAAGUUUCAAUGGAUUUCCUAAAACAAAUCUUUCUAUAUAGCCACCUUAAAAAUAUAUAAAUUCUAGUGAGAUCUGGGUCAAAGUCUAUACACAUCUUAAAUUUUUAGUUACAUUUAUUCCUAUGUGUGUGCACAUGCGUAGAGGUCAGAGGACAACUUGUGGCAGUCAGUUCUCUCCUCUUACAAUGUGAGUCCUUGGGCUUGAACUCGGGUUGUCACACUUGGCAGCAGGCACCUUUACCCACUGAGCCAUCUUACUUGCCCCAUAUAUUUAAAAGUACACAAAUGAAGUCACCUGGUCCUCGGGAAAGAUAGUGUCAAGGUAUUCUCCAGAACACCAUUUGGGUAAUCCCAGGGGCCGGGAGGGACUUUGACUUUACAGAUGUAUUCAUCAAAUACAGUGACCGCUUACUCUAUGGCGAUUGGCUUCCCUCAUGGGACCCUCCUUCAGAAUCCUCCCCACUUCUGAUCUUGGCCACGCCUCUAGUCCCAAACAUUGACAAAUCCCCGACACCCGUCUCAGCUGCUGCAUUGAAAACUGACACUGGAGUCCUCUGGAACCCUGAGACCGUCCACUCCAGCCUCCCAGGAAGUCAUCCGGGCUCAGCAGUCCCCGGGCUUACAUCCCCUUCUGCAGAGGGCACAGCCAUGGCCUGGAGUUCCCGUGGGGGAGUCCGGCUUGGAGGUGUGCUCCUCUCUCUUCUUGGCUGGGUAUCCUCUUGUGUCACCACCGUUCUUCCCCAGUGGAAGACUCUCAAUCUGGACCUGAGUGAAAUGGAAACCUGGAUCUCGGGACUCUGGGAAGCAUGUGUGAGUCAGGAGGAAGCUGGCACUGUUUGCAAAGCCUUCGAGUCCUUUCUGUCUCUGCCCCAGGAGCUACAGGUAGCCCGCAUCCUCAUGGUGGCUUCUCAUGGGCUGGGACUGGUGGGACUUCUGCUCUCUGGCUGGGGGUUGGAAUGCUUCCAGUUUCACAGGCCCAGAGGAGUUUUGAAGACACGGCUGUGCCUCCUGGGAGGGGCUUUGGAGGUAUCAGCUUCAGCCACCACCCUCUUUCCAGUCUCCUGGGUGGCCUAUGCAACAUUCCAAGACUUCUGGGAUGACAGUAUCCCUGAGAUUGUGCCGAGGUGGGAGUUCGGAGAUGCCUUGUUCCUGGGCUGGGCUGCUGGGCUUUUCUUAGCUCUGGGAGGGCUUCUCCUCAUCAUCUCUGCUUGCCUGGGAAAUGAAGACAGACCUUCUCCCUGGACGGCUGCAGCCACAGCUCCACCAGCGUGUGCUUCAAUAGAGGAAUUUGAUGGUUCCCUCCACCUCACACCAAGACCGGUGAACCAGGUCAUCUAGAACUAGAGUCUGUCCGGAAAUCUCUACAAGAAAGGAAUGUCAGGAGGCUCUUUUCCUUACCCUUCAUCGAUUUGUU